AUGGUCAUGCAGUGGAUGAAAGCUUCAUGUAUUCAUUCGGAUGUUGUCAAGGCCAUUGAAAAGAGGACUGAUUUUGGAGGCAUUCAGUUAUAUACACUCACAUUGGAUAAAUGUAUCAAUGAAUUCAAAAUUAAGGAGCGACAAGCGAGUGUCUUUAUGUUAUUCGUUGAUAAAUUGAGAAUUGAUAACGUAUUGGAACACGGAGAGCCUCCUGCUGAUAAGCUCGGAGGAGAGGAACCUCCUGUUCUCAAACAAUUACCAACUCAGAUUGGAACCAUUCAGAAUCCAUACAUUUUGAGAGCCCCUACCCGAGCCAAUUCCAUCAUGAGAGAUUUGAGUGAAUCGGCAACAAGCUCCAACAAGGAGUCAUCCAAUCCCAUCAGUAACAACAACACUGAAAUUAACUUCUCACCUUCUAACAGCAUUGAUAUUGGUGGAGCAACGAGUCCGAAUCGAAAUAACAGAACUUCGACGAUUAUAAUUGGCUCGGAAUCACUACAGAACUCGUCAUCAGCUUCUGAUUCCUCGUCACCUCGCAUUGCAGGAUCAACAUCCACAACUGUUGCGUCGUCAGCAUGUUCAGGACAAACAGCCAACACAACCACUCCCAUCGAAUCUCCGAAUAUUCAUUCACAUGUAGUGGGUGGUGUGAAUGACGAUGAAAGAAGACCUUCUCGAGAUGAUGUCGAGUUGGCCAUGGAUCUGCUCUAUACCGUGGGAGAGGAAGAAGAGGAGGCAAGAUAUAGAAGUUUACAAUCUGGUAACAGUCUCGAUGUCAACAACAUGGAUAUUCACUACAAAGCAAUGAUGAGUGCAGACAGUAGUGGUGGCGGUGGAAUUGACAUUCCAAAUUCAAAGCUUAGUUUUUAUAUGCAAACAGAUGCUAGCUUACAACCAACCAGUUAUCUGUCCACAUCGUAUGAUCCAAUGUUCGCUAAAAUUAGUUUUGGAUCUGUACCAAACCAGCCUGCAACAGAUCGAUAUUUUGCCUCAAAAGGAGAUGACUUUAAAUCUAUUUCAAUGAUGCCUACAAGUACAUCGACCUCAAUGGAUGAUGAUAAAAGAAAAAAGAGAAAACCAAGAAGAUGCUCUCCUUUCCCUGAAAAGAAACUCACAAUCGAAGAAAGAGAGAGACGAGACUUUUGUCUGAAAAAAAUCCAACAACUACGAUCUCCAAUUGCUCCAAAAUUACAUGAAUUGGUUGCACAGGAUUGUGUAAUUCCAGAGAGAUUUCGAUACAAGUAUUUCAAUCCAGAUAGAGUUGACAGGCCUGUUCACCCAAGCAAGCUCAACCUGAAAAUUAAAUUGGUCAUUACAGAGAUGAGUACUUCAACUGCUCACAGAAUUUUACGAAAGCUUGGAAGCUCAGUUGGAGCUCUUAAGGACCAACAAUUUGGAAUGUACCACUCUGCUCUAAUUAUUGGAGAGUUUUAUGUGGAGUUUUGUGACAGUAGCAUUGCCACUGUAAGGAAAAAGAGUAGCAGUAAGGCUGUUUUUGUUGUUGACAUUCAUACAUACAAGGAUCAAGAAGAAAUUAACAAUGCUUUCAAGGUGAUUUCUGAGGUAAUUUGUGAAUGGAACGGAACUAAAAUGUAUGAUAAUAGAAAAGCAAACUGUCAACAUUUUGCCUUGGAUAUUUUGAACAGAUUACAACUUGCAGAACCAUUUUUCGAUAAAAUUUCAGGAUCAGUUAAAAGGUAUUUGGAUAGAUUAAGAAACGAUGGAGUUUGUGAGAUGAACUACACUGUAGAUGAAAAGAAACGAAAAAUAAUUUUAAACUCCAAAAUUGCAAGUAAGGAGCUGAAAGAUCUCGUAAAGCAAAAAGGAGAUAUUUCUUUCCCUUCACACAGAUUACUUGAUGAAUUUGUAUAUGUGAUAGAAAAGGAAGCAGGUAUCAUGUACUUUGAUCAGAAUAUUCAAGAACAAACAGACCACAUGUUGUUGAAGGCCUUUGACAGAGCUUUUUGGCUUAGAAAUGAGGCCUCUUCACAUAACAAGGAUUUAACGAAACCUCUGGACAACGAAAGAGGAGAACCUAACUGUCCAUUUUCUCAAGUUGACAAGAACGGAAAGCUUAUUGAUCACACCAUUCAUAAUACUUAUUUAUUUACGGGAAAAUAUUCUCCAGAUUUUCCAGAAAGAUAA